AUGGGCAGGACCGGCCGCAGGGGCCGGAGAGACGCUGCUGGCGGGGGGCGGCCCCGCCCGGGGUCCCGGGGCGGCGGGCCGCGGCCGCCCCGUGCGGACCGCGUCGGCCACCUGGGCCUCGGGCCGGACCUCGUGGCGGCGGUGGCCGGGGGCGAGGCCGCCCUUUGGGACCUGCAUCCGGACACCGGCCGGAUCGGGGCCGUCGAGACGCUGCGGUUGGAAAAGAGGAAGAUCCGCUCCCUGCAGAUAGGCUCCUCGCACGUGCUGCUCCUGACCGCCGACGGGAGGGUCUACCGCUACGACCGCAAGCUACCGCUCAGACCCAUCGACGGUCUGCGGGACAGAAGGGUCAUCCAGGUGGCCUGCGGAGACCGCCACUCCAUGGCGCUGACCCGAGACGGCGAGCUGUUCUCGUGGGGGGACGACGAGCACGGCCAGCUGGGGUUGGAGAGGGCGUGGGUCCCGUGCCCGGCUCCGCAGCGGGUGUGUGCCCUGGCGGGGGUCCCCCUGGCCCGGAUGGAGGCCGGAGGGGCCCACAGCCUGGCCCUGUCCGCCACCGGCGCCGUCUUCGCCUGGGGAAGGAACGACCGGGGGCAGCUCGGCCUGGGACACGCCCAAGACGUCCGCCGCCCCACCCCGGUCACGGCCCUGGAGAAGCAGACCAUCGUGUCCGUGUCCUGCGGCGAGGAGCACACGGCCGUGCUCACCCAGGACGGGCUGGUGCUGACCUUCGGAGCCGGAACGCACGGGCAGCUGGGCCACAACUCCACCCGGAGCCAACCGCGUCCGCGCCUGGUGGCCGAGCUCUUCGGAUCCAGGGCCGCUCAGAUCGCCUGCGGGAGGAGCCACACGCUGAUCCACGUGCCCGCGACGGGCCGGGUGUACUCGUGCGGCCGGGGGAACGGCGACCCCCGGCCUCGGUUGAUCCCGCGGCCCCUCCCCGUCCGCGGCCCUCCCGACGCCGGGGAGCCGGGCGCAGAAAUGGAGCUGAAAAUGAUUGCGGGAGGACCUCACAGCCUCUUCCUCUGGACCGCGAAAACGCACGGCUACGUGAACCCGAGCCCGCCGAUCCCCACGGCGACGGCGGAGAAGGCCGAGAGGUGGAGCGCCGACGUGGGGACCGAGCGGUGGCGUGACACCAAAGACGACGUCAAGCUGAUCUUCUCGUCCCCGGCCUGCGUCAACGGCAGCUUCUUGGAGAGCAGGGGCCGGCGGGGGCGCGCGGCCGGCCGGGACCCGCUGGGCCUGGACAUGGCGGCCGUGAGCCGGUUCUUCCGGACGGCGGCGGGGCAGCCUCCCGUCCUGGAGCUGGUCCACAGGUCGUUGGCCAAGCUGCUGCCGUCCCUGCCGCCCCGUCCCGCGUCGGCGGAGUGCCUCCGAGCCUUCCUGAUCGUCCCCGAGCUGCUGAGCCCCGCGGGCCAGACCUCCCUCCGCCUGGCGGGCCGGCUCGCCGGAGCCGUCUCGGCCCUCCGGCCGGAGGACCGCCGGAUCCUCGAGUCCGCGUGGGCCUCCCUGCCCCGGCGCCACUUCCAGAAGCUGGUGGAAACGUUCCGGGAAGCGGCCCGCGAGGAGGUGCGGUCACUGCCGCGGGAGGAGAGCCGGGCCGGCGCGACCGCCCCGCCCUCCACCGCCGCCCUGGAGAUCCUGCAGACCCUCUACGAGGCCAGCUCCGACGCCGAGCCCGCCGUUCCGCACGGAGACUUCCACGUUCCCGAAAUAGCGCAAGCGAUCGAGCGUUCCCAGCGCUCCGUUUCCCGGAGGGGUCGGCGAGGAUUCUCCACGCUUACGCCUCUGUUGCACGUCUUGCCCAGAUCUCCUUGUGCUUUUCGCCAGCGGGACAAGACCUUCCUUCACCGCUUGGAAAUAUCGAGCUCCGCCCCCCCGUGUUAUACGAUUACCGUCGGGAGAGAGGGACUUUUGGAAAACGUCCUGAGGCACCUGGAGGCCCUGAACCGCUCCGUCACCGUUCCCCGCCUCGACGUGCGGUUCUCGGGGGAGCCGGGCAGCGGUCCGGGGCCGACCCAGGAGUUCUUCACGCUGGCCUUUCGGGAACUGUGCUCCCCUCACACGAGGAUAUUCAAGAUCUUCCCGGACUCCCAGCUGCUCUGGUUCUCCGGAGAGGCCCCGGCCCGGGCGCGCCCGGCCCACGUCGGGACCCUGUUGGGGUCGGCCUUGUUCAACGGGAUGAUCGCCGACGUCCCCUUCCCGCUGGCGCUCUACAAAAAGCUGCUGGGCGCCCACCCCACCCUGGACGACCUCCGGGAGCUCUGCCCGACCGAAGGGAGGACGUGCCAGCUCAUCCUGAGGGAAGAUGACGACGAGUAUUUCCAGGAUCUGAUGCUUAAUUUCACGAUCGUGAAGGAACAGGCAGGAUCCGUGACCUGCGUGGAGCUGAAGGAGGACGGGGCGAACCUUCCCGUCACCAGGCAUAACAGGGCGGAGUACGUGGCGGCCUACGUGGACUACGUCUUCAACGGUUCCGUGGACGAAGAGUUCGAAGCCUUCGCCCGGGGCUUCGCCGGGGCCUGCCCCACCCGCUGCUGGACGACCUUCCUCCCCGGGGAGUUGAGGGCCGUGGUCGACGGACACGUCCCCCGCGACUGGACGCGGCUCGAAAAGAGCGCCAAGUACCGGGACUACGAAGAGACGGACGACACCGUUCGGAAUUUCUGGUCCGUGUUCCACGAACUCCAGGAGGAGAUGAAGAAAAAGUUUCUCGCUUUCCUGACCGGCGCGGACCGGCUCCCGGCGUGGGAGUGGGAGCGCCUGGAGUUCUGGAUCGUGGAGCGGGUGGAAGAGAGCCCCGACCUGUACCUCCCCGAGGCCCAGACCUGCCUGAGGAAGCUGCUGCUGCCCCGCUACAGCAGCCGCGAGGUGCUGCGGGACAGGCUGCUCCGCGUCCUCCAACACCCGCAGAGGUUCGGCUGCCUCUGAGCCGGGGCCGCGUCCCCCCGGCGCCCCCGGGGCCGAGCCGUCGCGGGCCGCGGGCGGAGAACGGAAUCCGCGACGCUGCCGGGAUCGUCUUCUCUCGUGCGGUAAUAAAGAGGCGGCUGGCACGACA